AUGGAUGCCUCCAACUUUUCUCUUCAGCUCCAAAACUGUGGCGUUUUCCUGCCAGACUCUCAAAACCAGAGCUUUGCUGUAUCAGAUGCUGGUUAUUACAGCUCCACCGGCAGCCUUUCUCCAACCUCCUCCAUCGAUUCCUGUGCUUUUUCUCCACCGGCUUACUCUUUGCCGCCUCAGAUCUUCACAAAAGGCACCCAGAAGACAGAUGUCCAGCCGUCGAAGAAAACCGGACGUCCCAGAUCAAAGUUUCCUGGAGUCAAACGGCAAACUGCAAGCGAGCGGGAGAAGUUGAGGAUGAGGGAUCUGACCAAAGCUCUUCAUCACCUCAGAACGUUCCUGCCUGCGUCUGUGGCUCCAGUGGGAAAAACAUUGACCAAGAUCGAGACGCUGCGGCUCGCCAUACAGUACAUCUCCUGUUUAUCUGAUCAGCUUGGAUGCGGUGAAGAUGAGGAGAUUUGUGAAGCGGAGGGCGAGGUUAUCAAUUCGUCUGCAAGCGUGUUUGACAACUUCAGUGCAGCUUCUUUGGCUUCUCAAAGCUUACUAGCUCAGCAGUUUAUGUCUAUAAGCUGUGAUCAGACUCAGAAUCCAGUCGAAGGUGAUUUCCAUUCAUUCCCAGCUCUAGACAUCUGGUUUUCCCAGCAGCACAAUUUUUUCCAUGGACAGUGCUGA